AUACGUGAGCAACUAUGACUAUCUGAUGCAAGUCAACACUCUGGCUGGACGUUCCUUCAAUGAUCUGAGUCAGUACCCGGUUAUGCCAUGGAUUCUGUCGGAUUACACCUCGGAUACUUUGGAUCUGAACGACCCCAAAGUAUACCGUGAUCUUUCGCUACCGAUGGGUGCUCUCACAACACAACGGCUCAACCGCUUUGUCGACAAGUUCAAGACUAUGGAGGAAUUGGGAGCUGAGGGUGGUUUGGGGGCUGAGUUGGGAAUGUCGCCCUAUUUUUACGGGUCUCAUUACUCGAACUUAGGAGCGGUGCUGCACUUUUUGGUCCGACUACGACCCUACACGGAGCGCUUCGUCGCCUUUCAGGGCGGGCGAUUUGACUUGCCUGACCGGACAUUCCACUCGCUGGAGCAUUCGUGGCAGUUGGCGUCUGAACUCUCCGGCACAGACGUGAAGGAACUGAUUCCCGAGUUCUUCUACCUACCUGAUUUCCUGAGCAACAUGAACAACUAUGAUCUGGGUGUCAAGCAGGAUGGUGUCAGAGUGGGCGAUGUGGUGCUACCCCCCUGGGCAAAAGGCAACCCGCGGUACUUCAUACUGAAACAUCGAGAAGCUCUGGAGUCUCCCUAUGUGACUGAGCGCCUGCCUGUGUGGAUUGAUCUGAUCUUUGGGUUCAAACAGAUGGGUAAACCUGCUGUGCAGGCGUACAAUGUGUUCCAUCCCAUGACGUACAAUGGCGCGGUGGAUGUGAAUGCGAUACAAGACCCGGUCCAGCGCAGUGCGGUCCUAACCCAGAUCCGCAGUUACGGCCAGACGCCACAGCAACUCUUCAACCGGCCACACCCGCAACGUGAAAGCCUACGUAUACUAGUACGUAACAAUGCGCUGAUCAACAAUCUCUGUAUAAGAGUGCAAUUAGCUUUACCUGCCAUCCCAUGCUCGCCUAACGAACUCGUGCCAGUGAGUGCGUGGUAUCUCAAUCCAGAUACGGCCCGGCCAGCGUCUAAAAAGGCGGACGGACGCCCCGAGGCAAAGGGAGCUGAAGCGAGAGAUGCACAGUCAACCCCUAACUCUAAACCUGACCCUAAACCCCGAGAUACUCCAAUGAAACCGGUUAGCAGUACAAGUGUGGAUCCGCAUAUAGAGCAUCGCGAUGAUGGGAAACAGAACGGGGAGGGUGUGGGGGAUGUAGGUAAAGAUGGAGACAGUGUGAAUGCGGCACAAGCGGAGGACAAUAAACGCAGGGAUCAAAAAGGGCACACCACACAUCAUACGACCGGGCGCACAGGCCAGAGGACUUCGUUCUCUGCAGCGCAGGCUGAGACGGAGGGCACGCACUCAGAGAAACAUGCGCGUGCAGGUACGGGAAGAGACACAGACAGAACAGCCGGCGAUGUGAAUACAGACUUGCGUACACCGUCGAGCUUGGAUGGAAGGGGGGGGGUGCGACAAGGCAGAAAGCGACGAUACUCGCUGAAGCGAAGGAAAUACACAUCUUGUGCGGAGAGGCUUUACUUCACGAGUGAGGUAGUGGUGGUGGCUGUGACAUGCAAGAGCACGGCGCUGUUACCACCCGAGUAUACCCAUGCCGUAACCUGGGAUCACACCAACGGUCCCAAUCUCGUGGCCUACUCUCCAGAUAGACGUGCAUGCGUAUCGGAAUUGCUGUCCGAUGAGAAUCGCAUUAGCUGUGCCACCGCGUCGAAUGUUGACAGCCAAAGCCUCUUCACAGGAUCAGUUCAGGGGCAGGUAUCCAUCUGGCGUAUCCGGCGCAUGAGAGAGAAGCUCAAGAGUGAGUUCCGAGAAUGGUUGUACUUUGAUCUGAUAUCGGCACACAGUGGCCACAGAGGCGAAGUGACCUGCAUGAGCGCUUGCGAUACAUUCAGGUUCUUUGCGACCGGAGGCGAUGACGGGCGUGUAUGCAUAUGGGACAUAGACCGAGGAGUGCUAUCGCUUGUGUUGCACGCACACGCCACCCCCAUUGGACAGUGCGUCACCCACCUUACCACACACUUGACCAGUGGGGCUAUAGUGGUGGUGUGUCGGGAUAACGACUACACUGCCGAGGUGGGCACUCAGGAAGCAGAUGGAAACGACUUCGAAAGAACCGUGCGGGGAGUGUACAGCACUCUGUGUCUGUACACAGUUAAUGGUGAACUGGUCAGUAAACGCCGCUACACGCGCAAUGAAUUCCCGAAUUUCGGCGAAAGUUCGUCCUCGUCUCAUUCAAACAAUCUGCAGUGGGAGAGAGAGCGGAUCACAGCGCGGAAAGAGUGGCGAGCGAAUCCCCACAGCACAGCACGCGCACGCGCUGAACCACUGGAGAUAGUGAGUCUGUGCAUGACACAAGCACGCAUCAGCGCGGGUACAGACGUUGUGUUAGUUGGCGACAACCGUGGGGUGGUGUGUGCGUACUCACUGGUGGACUUGACGCCUGUAUACCGGUUCAAAGCAAGCCACGAAGGGCACCCCAUCACCAAUAUCGAAACUUCCCCUUCGGGCGUUUCCUUGGUAACCGCAGACCAAUCGGGCUGUGUAGUGUGGUGGAAGAACCACGCUGCUCCUCAGGAUGUACAGAAACCGAAGUUAGUAACCAUGCCAGGUUUGCUGUAGAAAUGCGCUUUGAAGCGAAUUUAAAUAUCGAUUAUUAAUCGAAAUCUAGUAGUAGAAGUUACACAGCAUAUAGGUAGAUAGGGUAAAUAGUGACAGUGUGAUAAAGAUAUAAAUGUGCUUAAUAAGGCACAUAAUCAAGCAUAGAUAAUCAAAUAAAGAAAAUUGCAAUACGG